AAAUCUGUUAAAACUGUCAAUAUUCUGAUUAUUCUGAAAAUCUGAAGCAUUUUGCUAAUUUGCUUGCAUUUUGGUAUUGCUGUUACUAUAGGUUUUUGUGUCUUAUUUAAAUAAAGUUACUAAUUGCUAGCAAAAAUGGAUAAAAGUAAAGAAAAGGAGGAACAAAGUAUUAUGGAUAAAUCCAUGAGAUCAGUUUUCGUGGGUAAUAUUCCUUACGAAGCUACGGAGGAGAAGUUAAAAGAUAUAUUUAGUGAAGUUGGUCCUGUAUUAUCAUUUAAACUAGUAUUUGAUCGUGAGACAGGAAAGCCAAAAGGUUAUGGUUUCUGUGAAUAUAAGGAUCAGGAGACAGCGCUUAGUGCGAUGCGAAAUCUUAACGGGUAUGAAAUUGGUGGACGUUCGCUUAGAGUGGACAAUGCUUGUACAGAGAAAUCGAGGAUGGAAAUGCAAGCAUUAAUGCAAGGACCUCAGGUUGAAAAUCCUUAUGGUGAUCCCGUGGACCCUGAAAAGGCCCCAGAAGCUAUUAGCAAAGCGGUAGCCACGUUACCUCCGGAACAAAUGUUUGAACUAAUGAAGCAAAUGAAACUGUGUAUUCAGAAUAAUCCAACUGAAGCAAGGAACAUGUUGUUACAAAACCCACAGUUGGCUUACGCAUUAUUGCAAGCUCAAGUAAUAAUGAGGAUUGUUGACCCCCAAACAGCAGUUAGCAUGCUCCAUCCAAGUAACCCAGUACCUCCUGUUUUGCAGCCGGGAGACAAGCCACCACCAACCUCUACUUAUAUGCCGAGCAGUCAAUCACAAUCUCAUCAACCCCCAUUGCUGAACAAUCCCCCUCCACCGCAGAAUCAAUAUUCAAUGGGUGGUAUGGACGUAGACCUCCGCAGUGCAAGAGCCCCGGCACCUUUACUGGAUCAAGAUAUGCGCAGUUUACCGCCUAUGCCCCAUCCAGUACCACCCCCCCCGCAUCAAAAUCCUUCAUUUCCACGUGACCCUCGUCUGGCCAAUAUGCAGUCAUUCGGCUCAGAUCCACGAGUGCGUGCUAACGAUCCACGUACGCAAACGAAAAUGCCUCAACAACAAAUGCCGCCCGGUAUGCCAAGCAUGGCUCAAGCAAGAACGAUACAAGGCAUACCAUCAGGUGCCUCAGAUCAAGAAAAAGCUGCAUUAAUCAUGCAAGUGUUGCAACUUUCUGAUGAACAAAUCGCAUUGCUGCCGCCUGAACAACGUGCCAGUAUUCUCAUGCUCAAAGAGCAAAUCGCAAAAAGCACCCAACAACGCUAGUAUAAAUAAAAAUCAAUUUUUAUGUGACA